UCCGCUCUGCACCGGUGGCAGAGGAGACCUCCCCCCCUUCCCCAUCCCCCCCUCCAAGCCUUCCAGCUCCGUGACGGCCAAGGCCAUGGACCCCAAGGACCGCAAGAAGAUCCAGUUCUCGGUUCCAGCCCCCCCCAGUCAGCUGGACCCCCGCGCCGUCGAGAUGAUCCGUCGGCGGAGGCCCACACCAGCCAUGCUGUUCCAGCUCUCUGAGCACUCCUCUCCAGAGGACGAGUCUCUGCCCUACCAGAGAGCCUCCGGCGAGGGCUGCCUGCUAAAACCAAAGAGGACCAACCCGUGUGCCUACACACCGCCCUCGCUCAAAGCGGUGCAGCGCAUCGUGCAGUCCCACCUGGAGAGUGGCCUGGCCGGGGGUGACAGCUCCGACGGGGAGCCCGACGAUGGGGAGCACGAGCUGGCCCGCGCCUGUGACCCCGACAGCAGCCUGGAGCAUGCGCCGGGGAGCCAGGCCAGAGCCGAGCGGAGCUACUUCCCCGCCGGCCUCAAAGCGCACAAGCGGAAAGGGGGACAGAAGGUUUCCUUCGCCGGCGGCAUAGACGAGCGUGGGGAAGACCUGAAAUCGCUGACCGUGUCCGAGAUCCCUGAGGACCCCGAAGGAGCGGAGGAGGAGGAGGUGGAGGAGGAGGCGGAGCCGGGACGGGAGCAGGAGGACGGCGGCACCGGGGAGCGGAGACACGUCGGCUUCGCGGAGGUGCCGUCGCGCCCCAUCGGCACCGAGCGCCACUCGCCCACCUUCCCGUUGGGCACCAGUUAGCCACCACCGGCCACCCCGGCUGCCCCCUCCCCGGCCCGCAGCAGCUUCGCCUGUGCCCCCCUCCUCGCCGGGGCCGUCCCCCUCCUCUCGCCCGCUCUGCCUGCGCUUCCCCCCCCACCGGGGCCAUGGCCACCCCGUCCCCGGCCCCAGGCCAUGGCCACCCCCUGCCCGGCGCUGCGGGUGCCAGCCCCGCUGCUGGGAGCCCCACGGGAGGGGCUGGCGAGGGCUCGCCCCCUCCCACACACCCCCACACCCCCCCCACACCCCCCCCCACACCACCCACACCCCACACACACCCGCCCCCACACACCCCGCGGCUGCCGGGGCAGGAGCCGGGGACGGGACCCACCCCCCCCCCCCAGGUCCUGCCCUCUCAUCGAGCUGAGCCCCC